GUGAAGCCGGCAGCGUGGAGGUGGAGGGCUAGGGGGUUAGCUGAGGGUUCUCAGGGGGUGGUCACGGGGGAUGUAGGGUACCGGUGGAGAGGCCGCCUAUGCCAGCGCCGACGAUGAGGAUGGAGAGUUCGGCUUUUGCGUCGCUCAUGGUUGCGGUGGUACUUGGGGAUUGGAUAAUGACGAAACGAAACUCUUCAAACCCCAAAUCGAACAGAAUAUCUAACUCCACGAAGCAAUCCGCUCAUGGUCACACUGACUAUGAAUCCAACUGUCCUAUUUCUCCAGUGGCUUCAGUCCUCACACCAUACACAUAGCACUUCUGUUCAAGUAAGUACCGCGGACACCGUUGCAAUUGAAGCUAUCGCGACAUUGUACAGCGAGAGAUCCGAACCUCAUUAUGCUGGAUUUUUCUAUUUAUCCGGCAUUGGCGUCGAUCUCCACUCCGAGGUCGGCUGGGGCAAGAAAUUAGAUUGGGAUCUCAGUCCUCCGACUCACGAGUCACGCCUGGUUCACGCAACAUAUAUCUGGGGUCCCCACACAGGGCUUGGAUCCCUCGGCUGAUUAGCUCGGCUUGUAUAUCGGGAGUUAGAAGUCUUAGAAUGGUGUACCUUUUAUAGACGUGCAUGAAGGA